AUGACGUCAAAUAGCGACGGUUCCGGUACCAGUUUAGUAGAAGAUUCGAUUGCCGGCGAUCUUGAGACUAACGACCCCAGCGAAUCCGUGCGCCGGCUUUCAACUCCGUUGCUAGAGCAAGAUCAGGAGGACGAUGAAGACGAUGGCGACGUCGAGGAAGACGACGAUAACGACAAGUUCAGCGUGGGUACCUCCACUCCCACGCCAACCACAGCCAAGGCCAAGGAAAAUGGUGGCACAAGCACAAGUACGAUUACCAGGCAGAAGCAGCCGAUCAAGUACAUCGAAAACAAAACCCGCAGACACGUCACCUUCUCCAAGAGGCGGCACGGGAUCAUGAAAAAAGCAUAUGAGCUUUCUGUCUUGACGGGUGCUAACAUCUUACUACUAAUCCUAGCGAAUUCCGGGCUAGUCUACACGUUCACCACUCCCAAGCUCGAGCCAGUUGUACGGGAAGACGAGGGUAAGAACCUCAUCAAAGCAUGCAUCAACGCUCCCAAUUCUCCCGAUCCUUUACAGGCACAUGACCAGCCCUCAACCAGCUGA